AUGGUUGUCUUUGACGGCCACGAGUAUCUUACCGAGGAGGAGAGACGCCUCAAGCAGGAUCGCGAGCGAACCAAAUACUGGAAGAAAUGGGGUCCCUAUGUUGCCGAGCGGCAAUGGGCUACAGUGCGGGAGGACUACAGCGCAGAUGGUGAUGCCUGGAGCCAUUUCACUCAUGAACACGCUCGAUCCCGUGCCUUCAGAUGGGGUGAAGACGGCAUUGCUGGUGUCUCCGACACGCACGGUCUCCAGAAUAUCGCCUUUAGCUUCUGGAACGAAGAGGACGAUUUUCUCAAAGAGCGACUAUUCGGCCUAUCCAACCCCCAGGGAAAUCAUGGCGAGAGCAUCAAGGAAGCGCAUUUUCACGUAGACAAUACUCCUAAAAAGUUUCCAUACCAAGACUUGAUACAGGAAAAUGGUCGGAGAGGCAAGGAAGACAAGGAAUAUCAAAUCAUCGACACUGGUGUCUUUGACGAAAAUAGAUAUUGGGACAUCUUCAUCGAGACCGCUAAAGAAUCCGACGAUCCUGACGAGUUGCUAUUUCGAGUCACCGCUUGGAACCGGGGCCCUGACCCAGCACCUCUCCACAUUAUACCCCAAGUGUGGUUUCGCAAUACGUGGAGCUGGGGCCACGAAUCUGAAGACAAGAGACCGUCCAUUGCUGCAGAAUCUGAGCUGUCCGCCAAAUCAAAGCACUAUAGCCGCGGAGACCGAUAUGUGCACUACUCGCCCUCACCGGGAGUCGGAUCAAGUGGCGAGGACGUGAUUCCUCUGUGGAUGUUUACGGAAAACGACACAAACUAUGAGCUGUUAUACAAGCAAAAGAACAAGCAGCCCUAUGUGAAGGACGCGUUCCAUAGAUAUGUUGUCGGUGGGGAAAAGGCAGCCAUCAACCCUAGUAAAACUGGCACCAAGUCAGCUGCUUGGUUCAACUUCAACGAGGAUGGUGGCGUGAACCCUGGUGAAUGCGCAGGUAUGGCAAACAACAGUUACCCCUUUGUCAGGUCUGUAAUUGGUAGGCUGACCCCAACCCUCGCAGUUGUCCGCUUCCGUUUUAGCAAGAAGAACAUGACAUAUCUGGAUGAAGAAGAAUUUGAUGACGUUAUUGAGAAACGACGUGAAGAGGCGGAUGACUUUUAUUACCGAAUCAGUCCCCUCCCCAUGACUGACGACCUACGCAACAUUCAACGACAGGCCUUUUCAGGAAUGAUGUGGACAAAGCAGCAUUACCACUUCAUCUGGGACCAGUGGGCCAAGGGCGACCCAUCGACGCCGCCGCCGCCUCCGGAUCGAAUGGGUGUUCGGAAUUCCCAAUGGAAACAUAUGCAUUGUGAUGAUAUCCUGUCAAUGCCCGACUCUUGGGAGUAUCCCUUCUUCGCCGCUUGGGACAGCGCAUUCCAUUGUAUACCCUUGGCCAUGAUUGAUCCCGAUUUUGCCAAAAAGCAGCUGGAUUUAUUCACUCGAGAGUGGUAUUGCCAUCCAAAUGGGCAGCUGCCAGCAUAUGAGUGGAAUUUUGGGGAUGUGAACCCCCCCGUUCACGCUUGGGCGACGUUUAGAACAUUUAAAAUCGAGAGAAAGAUGUACGGACGUCAAGACCUCGACUUUUUGGAAAGAGUCUUUCAGAAACUGCUGCUCAAUUUUACCUGGUGGGUGAACCGCAAAGAUGCCGAUGGCAAAAACAUUUUUGAAGGUGGCUUCCUCGGCCUCGACAAUAUUGGUCUGUUCAAUCGGUCGGAACCUUUGCCCACAGGUGGCGUAUUGGAACAGGCAGACAGCACGGGAUGGAUGGCGUUUUACUGCUUGUCUAUGCUCAACAUUGCGCUUGAACUAGCCAAGCACCGACGCAUCUACGAGGACAUUGCCUCAAAGUUCUUUGAGCAUUUCAUCUUCAUCAGCGAUGCCAUGACUUUCAGGACGGGGCACAAAGACGAAAAGUCUCUCUGGAACGAGCAAGAUGGUUUCUACUACGACGCCAUCUCCUGGGGUGGCCCAUGGAUCCAGCAGCUGCCAGUCCGAUCUCUUGUCGGUCUCAUUCCCCUGUACGCAACUGCUACCUUGGAACCAGAGCUUCUGAACAAGCUCCCGUCGUUCCGCAAGCGGGUAGAAUGGUUCGUACAACACCGAGAAGAUUUGGCCGAGAGAAACAUGGCAAGUAUACGAAAGAGAGGCAAAGGAAACAGGCUACUCCUCUCCAUUGUAAGCAAAGACAGGCUGGAGAAGAUUCUCAAGCGCAUGCUCGACGAGAAUGAGUUCUUCAGUGACCACGGGAUUCGAUCUCUGUCCAAAUACCACAAGGAAAACCCCUUCUCCAUGGAGGUGAAUGGCCAACAAUUCAAGGUUGGCUACGUUCCCGGCGAUUCAGACACGGGUUUAUUUGGCGGCAACAGUAACUGGCGAGGGCCAAUCUGGCUUUGUGUAAACUUCCUGCUGGUCGAAUCCCUCCAGCGGUUCUUUCUCUUUUACGGGCCAGAGUUCCGGGUUGAAUGCCCAACCGGGAGCGGCGAGUACAUGCACCUGGGCAAAGUGGCAGAGGAGAUCCAGCACCGUCUCCAGCAUCUCUUUGCUCGCACCGACGACGGAAGACGCAGCAUCAAUGCCGGAGACGACCGUCUCGAUUUCGACGAGCACUGGAAGGAUUACCUCUGGUUCUAUGAGUUCUUUGACGGCGACAGCGGCCGCGGGCUAGGUGCCACGCAUCAAUGCGGCUGGACUGGUCUUAUUGCCAGAAUGAUCCACGACACUGGUACAAACUGCCGCCUUCCCCAAACCCCGCGCACGCCGUCUGCCGCAAUGGCCCAUUACUUUGACGACAUGUUCCAGCGCAGCCUUGACCUCGGCACGCCCCGGUCCCCUAGCAUGCGACGAAUCCGCCGCUCCUCGACGGCUCGGUCCAUCGGGGCCCGGAGCGACUUUGACGCCUCUGCUAACGGGGUCGAAGAUGACGCACAUUCGACUAGUGACUCGGUAUUUCACGAUGACCCUGAGAGGGUUAGGGAGAGAGAGGAGGCGGAUUCGCAUUUGCAUCGGUAUAUUUCAGAUCAGUUGGAGAGAUACAAGGACGAGAGCUUAAACGGGGGCCACGCAGACGAGUACGAGACCGAGGCUUAG